GCGAAGCAUACUUGUGUUUGCAACGGUUUGCAACAGCAAAUGUUUGCAUCAUAUUACUUAUGGGCUAAAUAAUGAAUAAAAUAACCGCAAGAUGAUUAGGAAUAAUAUACGGAGAGUGGGUCUCCUUGUCAGAGAAUACCAAUAUUGUUGCUCUUUGCCGAGAGUGACUCCGAAAUAUUCAACGUGGCUUGUUAAACGAUCUGUCUCGAGUGUCAGUAUGAAAUUUGUUAAGAAUAUCGGUCGGAGAUGGCGACUCGUCGUCCCAACUGGAGUAGGCUUCUCGCUGCUCGCAGUAACACAAUGGAAUUAUUUGCACCAGCAUGGAUAUCGGAUUGAUGUAGAUGAUGGGCCAGAAUUGCUGAAUGAUGUUAUGGUAACUUGCUAUUGUUGCUUGCCAUUGAGGACAACUAGCAGAAUAUGGGGCUGGCUGACGAGCAUCGAAUUGCCGGUUGGUCUCAGACCAACGUUGUACGGGUUUUACGCGAAUAUCUUUCAUGCCGAUCUAAAUGAGGUAGAGCUGGAUCUAUCUGCGUUUCCAAAUCUGGUGGAAUUUUUUGUUAGAAAGCUCAAGCAUAAUGCUAGACCAAUUGCUCAAAAUACAAAUAUGAUUUCACCUGCAGACGGUAAGGUGCUUUAUUUUGGACCAGUGACUUCUUGCCGUGUGGAACAAGUGAAAGGAGUAACAUAUGAUCUUAGACAGUUUCUGGGUGAUCAUUUAAACGAUCUCACAUUAAAUGAAAUCGCAAAAAAGACACAGAAGGACGAUUAUGUUAAGUCACUUUUGAAGAAUCCAGACAAUAGAUUACAUCAAUUGAUCGUUUACUUGGCACCUGGCGAUUAUCAUCGGUUCCAUAGUCCUACCGAUAUGAACAUAAAAUUUCGACGGCACUUUCCAGGAAAGCUACUGAGCGUCAAUCCAAAGGUGCUCAAAUUCAUGCCCAACUUGUUCUCGUUGAACGAACGCGUUGUGUAUGUCGGGGAAUGGGCAGGCGGCUUCAUGGCUUAUGCAGCAGUCGGAGCGACAAACGUGGGCUCCAUACGAGUCUAUUGCGACAAAGAAUUGGCGACUAAUACGGUGCACUGGCCGGAAAGCGCGCACUGGAAGGAAGCGAGUUUAGAUAACGCGCAUAUUGCCAAAGGUGAAUUGUUUGGCGAAUUCAGACUCGGAUCCACGAUCGUGCUUCUGUUUGAGGCACCGCGAGACUUUCAAUUCUCCUUGCAAAUUGGUCAAACUAUUAAAGUCGGUCAAGCAUUAAGUACAUUUUCUAGCAAAGAAUCCGACAAAAAACAAAUCGAACGACAGCACCUAAUUGUGAACGUCGCGCAGGAUUGGAGAGAUAUAUGGAAGCCUAGAAUAUAGAGUAAAGCAAAUAAGAUUAGGAACUAAUUUUAUUGGAGAAUUAAAGAAGAUGUGUCGGCACCUUGCACGCUCGUAUUUUUUUAUGUAUACGUGCGAAAUCGAAUUGUAGACGCAAUAAAGAAAACGCUAAGAGUUACGAGAGUUCUAGAGACUCUCAGUUUUCUCGAGUAAGUAUCGAUCCUGUGAUUAUUUUGUACGUAGUCGUGUUCGUGCGCGAGAAAAUCAUCUCAUGCGACUUAUCUGAAAUUACAUGUUAAUACAUCUCCCGCUAAAUAUACUCGUUCAUUACUUUAAUUGCGUAAUAUCAAGCAUCAC